GUUAGAUUUAAAUAAGAUCUCUGUAGAUCUGUAUAAUGCAUGAUUACCACCUUUAUAAUCAAGCAAGAAGAAUUAAUCUGGUUUCUACUAAUAUUCAAAGUCUCUCUAAUAUAAUUUAUCCUUUAAUAGCCGACAUCGUCCGACUAUCCUCCUGAUGGAUGUUUAUCCUAACAUCCAUAUACCCAAGUGAUGAUCCAUAUACCCAAGUGAUGCAUUGGAUCUGUUCAAUUAUCAUCAGUUUCCCGGAUCGAGAAAGCUAGGAUUUUGUUAUAUAGCCUCAACUGACAAGGCUCUCUCUAUUGCAAUAUAUUGAAGGGUGUAAUCAGCUAGUUCCCUUGUUCUGAUAACUUACGCAGAAGUUUAUCUCAACUUGGUAGAAUGAUAAUGCUGUAAUGCUGUACCGGAGGUAGACAUGCCUCCCAGCAUUUCAGUAACCUGGCUAGUAUCAAGCGUACCUAAUAACUUCUAACGAACUCCCUGUUGGCUUGUUGGGAUUUUACAUUUGCGUAUUUGUGUUGGAUUGCGGAUCUAAUCAUCACCCUAUUGAGUAAUUUGUUCCUUGGACUUCGGCACAACAUCCAUUUGUGUGCCAUAUGCAACUCACAUAAUCCAAGUUGUUGUUUCAAAAAUAGGAUGAUGGCAUGACAACAACUGUUAGUGCCCGUUGAGAUCCGAUCCUGAGCUGUUCGUCAGGCGCACCCUCACACAACCUCCAAUGCUUUGCGAUGAGAAGACGAUGAGUUCUUCAUUUCGUGGACCUUUGAACUGGGAAUAUACUGAUGAGCAUUCCAGUUGCGUCUCCCAUGGGACCAAAUUUCAGGGUCCGGAUUCCAGUUGCAUCUCCCCGGCUGUUUGUUUGCUUAGGCCUGAAACUAAAACUUCAGGUUCCUGGACUCCCUACUGUUCAGUUCAUACCUCGGAGAGUUUCAAUUCAACAGUUCAUUUCAAUUUUUCUUUUUUUAAAACUAUUAUGAGUACAUCUUGCUGAACAAAAUGUUUGAGGAAGAAAACUAUAGUCCACCAGCAAGAGUUGCCCGGUUUGACCCGGAAACCGGCUACGGUUCCCCACAUCUCGUCCCCACUACACGUCGGUUCAAGCGCGCGUCUCACGAGCUCGCCUCGCCUCGCCUCGCCCAAACAUAGUUAAACCCACCCUGCAUUACAUUAGCCCACAAAUCACCACCUCGGCCAGGGGCCGAGGUCUAUUAAACGCCCAUCAUCAGCUAGCUAACUAGCCACUUCGCGCUCCAUUGCUCACGUACUCCUUGCAAGCCUCCUCGAGCAAGCUAGAAGCAAUGCACUUAGCGUCCACCGGAAUGGCGUCGCCACCGGAGCCCGGGCCGUACAUGCCGGACCUGCCGGCGGUGCCGGCGUGGCUGAACAAGGGCGACAACGCGUGGCAGCUUGUGGCGGCGACGUUCGUGGGCAUCCAGUCCAUGCCGGGGCUCGUCGUGCUCUACGGCAGCAUCGUCAAGAAGAAGUGGGCCGUCAACUCCGCCUUCAUGGCGAUGUACGCCUACGCGUCCACGCUCAUCGUGUGGGUGCUCGUCGGCUUCCGCAUGGCGUUCGGCGAGCGGCUGCUCCCGUUCUGGGCCAAGGCGGGGCCCGCGCUGACGCAGGACUUCCUGGUGGGCCGCGCCGUGUUCCCGGCUACGGCGCACUACGGCCGAGGCGGCGUGCUCGAGACGCCGCGCACAGAGCCGUUCUACGCGGAGGCGUCGCUGGUGCUGUUCGAGUUCGAGUUCGCGGCCAUCACGCUGGUGCUGCUCGCCGGGUCGUUGCUCGGGCGCAUGAACAUCAAGGCGUGGAUGGCGUUCACGCCGCUGUGGCUGCUCUUCUCCUACACCGUCGGCGCGUUCAGCCUCUGGGGCGGUGGCUUCCUCUACCACUGGGGCGUCAUUGACUACUCCGGCGGAUACGUCAUUCAUCUCUCCUCCGGCAUUGCAGGCUUCACCGCCGCAUACUGGGUGGGCCCGAGGCUGAAGAGUGACAGGGAGAGGUUCUCUCCGAACAACAUCCUGCUCAUGAUCACCGGCGGCGGGCUGCUGUGGCUGGGCUGGGCCGGGUUCAACGGCGGCGCGCCGUAUGCCCCCAACGUAACCGCGUCCGUCGCGGUGCUCAACACCAACGUCAGCGCCGCGACGAGCCUCCUGACCUGGACCUGCCUCGACGUCAUCUUCUUCGGCAAGCCCUCGGUGAUCGGCGCGGUGCAGGGCAUGAUGACCGGGCUUGUCUGCAUCACGCCCGGCGCAGGGCUGGUGCACACGUGGUCGGCGAUGCUAAUGGGCGUGUUCGCGGGGAGCGUCCCAUGGUUCACGAUGAUGAUCCUGCACAAGAAAUCCUCCUUCCUCAUGAAGGUCGACGACACCCUCGCCGUGUUCCACACCCACGCUGUCGCGGGUUUGCUCGGGGGCGUCCUCACGGGCCUCCUCGCCACCCCGGAGCUCUGCGCCCUCGACUCCCCCGUCCCUGGCAUGCGCGGCGUCUUCUACGGCGGCGGCAUCGGGCAGAUCGGCAAGCAGCUGGGCGGCGCGCUCUUUGUCACCGUCUGGAACCUGGUGGUCACCAGCGCCAUCCUCCUGUGCAUCGGCCUCUUCAUCCCGCUCCGCAUGGCCGACGACCAGCUCAUGAUCGGCGACGACGCGGCGCACGGCGAGGAGGCCUACGCGCUCUGGGGCGACGGCGAGAAGUUCGACUUGACGCGCCCGGAGACGACGAGGACAGGCGCUGCCUCCAGCGCGGCGAGGGAGGUCACGGUGGAGCAGCGGCUGACCAGCAUGGGUGCCAGAGGUGUCACCAUUCAGCUGUAGCUCAUUCCACUGUUUGAUGGACCCUGGGCUUUCGGAUCUAUGACGCAUGCAUGUUUCUUUUGUGCUUAGUUAUUGCUUAGUGUUUGCUGAUGUUAUGCUGGGGUGAUCUCUUUCGUUAACUUGAUUAGUUGGUUAAAAAGAAACUGAGCUUUAUUGCCAUCAGUGCCCUUGAUCCUUAGACGCACUGCUCCUCAAUUUGCAUUUCUUUUUACCAGCUUGGAUGUAUGUGACUUUACAAGUGCGACUGCUUUUCUUGAAGGACCCUUCAAUGUGAGUUUUUCAUUGCAUCGGAGCCGUUUUGAAG